AUGGCGACCGCGAGCCUGACCAGCCCCGCCACCACGGACCCGGCAGCGGCGGCGACGCCCUUCCCCCUCCCCAAGAUCCUCACCUACCCCUCCGCCAGCAGCCCCGAGCUCAUCACCCAGGGCGCCGAGGGCCGCCUCUACCGCACGACCUUCCUGGCGCCCGGCACGCCCUGCGCGCUCAAGCACCGCCCCUCCAAGCCCUACCGCCACCCGGUCCUCGACGCCCGCCUGACGCGCCAGCGCAUCCUCGCCGAGGCGCGCGUGCUCGCGCGCUGCCGCCGCGAGGGCGUGCGCGUCCCGGCCGUCUACGCCGUCGACGAGGCGGCCGGGUGGAUGAUGAUGGAGUGGAUCGAGGGCCGGCCCGUGCGCGCCGCCGUCAACGAGUGGCUGGGCCCGCCGGCGGCGCGGGGGGCCGGCAGCAGCAGCGGCGGCAAGAGGAAGAGGGGUGCUGAUGCCCCGCGGGAAGGCACCGUGGACGAGGGCGAGGAGAAGACGACGCCGGCUACAGGACAAGACGCGGAUGAGAGCGGCGAGCGAGAGGGCAGCUCAGAAAGUCUCGAGGCGGAGGAGGGCCGGGAUCCGGAGGAGCUGGCGGGGCUGAUGCGCCGGGUCGGGCGGGCCGUGGGUGCGAUUCACAAAGUCGGCGUGGUGCAUGGCGACCUGACGACGAGUAACAUGAUGCUCAAGCCGCUGCCGCAGAGCUCGGCGGGGGCGAAUGGAGAUGCGGGGAAGAAGAUAUUGGACGGAGAGAUCUGGGUGAUCGAUUUCGGCCUGGCCAGCCAGAGCACGUCUGACGAGGACAGAGCUGUCGACCUCUACGUACUUGAGAGGGCAUUCGGCAGCACGCAUCCCAGGGCGGAGAGCCUGUUCGACGAAGUACUGCAGGCGUACAAGGAGUCCUUCAAGCAGACGGGCCCCGUGCUGAAGAAGCUCGAAGAGGUCAGGAUGAGAGGGCGCAAGAGGAGUAUGCUGGGAUGA